AUGUCUACAUUAAAUUUAUAUAAAAUUGAAGAUAAUGAAUCUAUUUCAUGUCUUCAAGAAGGAUGUAAUUAUAAAUUUCGUAAUCCUAAAAAUAAACAUCAAAGUAUUAUGAAACAUUAUAAUAGGUAUCAUUGUGAAAUUUAUAAACAGUUAAAGAAUCAAACAAAACCUUAUUCAAAACCUUUACAACCAACAAAUAAUAAAUGUAUUGAAAAUGUUAAAAAUUCUUUUCAAAUUACUGAAAAAAACAAUGAAAUUACGAGUUAUAAAGAUUUUGUUGACUUAGAAAAACAAUUUGUACAAGCAGAAUGUUUAAAAAAUAAAAAAAGUUUUUGUUUUCAUUAUUUAGUUGAUGGUAGAUAUUUUAAUAUUAAAUUUUUUAAAGUAGAUAAAGGUUACGAAAUGAGAUUUUUUCUUAGUCAUAAUAUCUUAUGUAUUAUGAAUGAGAUUUUAGAUGAUUUUUCUUAUAUUUUUAUUAGUUUUAAAAAUGCUGAAACAUUUGAAAUUAUCGAAGAUGAAUUUUUAUUUUUAAAUCUUGAU